AUGUGUAACUUCGUGUGGGCCGUGAUCGUAAACGCUGCCGUGUGCAGCACAGUGUGGGGAAAUGGCUGCUGUAGCCCUGUGACGCCCAAAAACCUCGUUCCGACUGAGACGGUGCCGCGGGCACCGUUGGAUGAGUACCGCCUGGAUGGUUCAGUGGUGCCCUCGCACUACGAUAUCGAGAUCAAGCCGUACUUUGAGGACGAACCGAACAAGGAGCCGUUCACGUUCGAUGGGUCCACCACGAUAACGGUCAAAGCGGUGGCGGCUGGCACAGGGAAGAUCAAACUGCACACGGCCAGCCUGAGUAUCCUGACGGCCAGUGUGAUGCUGAAAUCCAACAGCGCCCCCGUGCAGCUGUUCAAUCAAUCCUACGACGAGGAGACGGAAGUGCUGACGUUGAACCUGCGCAGUGUGCUGCUGACGAACGUGGACUACCUGUUGUCGUUUAACUACGUCGGCCGGAUGGAGGAGAACAUGCGUGGAUUCUACCGGAGCUAUUUUACGGUGGACAGGACGAAAGUGUGGCUAGGAUCGACGCAGUUCGAACAGAUGGAAGCUCGCCGAGCGUUCCCGUGCUUCGAUGAGCCGAAGUUUAAGGCAACAUUCGCGCUGAAGAUAAACUACAAAUCGUCCGCCUACAAGGCCUACUCCAAUACGGCUGCCCUGUCGGUUGAUGCUGUUGGCAACGGCCGUUCGUUGGUAACGUUUGCGACCACUCCUGUGAUGUCUACCUACCUGCUGGCGUUCAUCGUGGCACCGUACGAAUUGUACGGUGACGAUCCGGUUCGGAUUCUCGCACGCCCUCAGGCGGCUAAUCAGACGGAGUAUGGUGCGCGUGAAGGCCUGAAGCUGUUGAAGCAGCUGGGCCACUGGAUCGACUAUCCGUUCGAUCAGGUGCCACAGAUACAGCGCAUGUACAUGGCGGCCGUGCCCGACUUUGCGGCGGGUGCGAUGGAGAACUGGGGCCUAAUAACGUACCGUGAGUCGAGCUUGCUGUACGUCCCCGAGGAGGCAACCAGCCUGCAGCAGCAACGGAUCGCGACCAUUAUAGCGCACGAACUGGCACACCAGUGGUUCGGCAACCUGGUGACCUGCGAGUGGUGGGACGCUACUUGGUUGAACGAAGGGUUCGCCAGCUACCUGGAGUACUUUGGGACGGCGGCGGCCGAACCGGCGUGGGAGCUCGAUCAGCAGUUUGUGGUGGAAAAGCUGCACAGUGCGAUGCAAACGGAUGGAUGGACCAGCACGCACCCCAUGACGUCCGCCGUGUAUACGAAGGCCCAGGCGGCCGCCAUUUUCGAUAACAUUUCGUACAACAAGGGCGCCGUAGUGCUGCGGAUGAUGGAGCACUUCCUGUCGAACGCCGUCUUCAAAACCGCCCUGCGGGAGUACGUCCAAGAGCGUGCGUUCACGGCGGCCCGGCCGGAUCAUCUCUUCUCCGUGUUGAAUCGUCACAAUACAGAGGCCGACGGGUUCAUGAAACCAUGGACAACGCAGCCCGGCUAUCCGCUGGUAACCGUAACGGGGGGGCUCGAUGGAUUCACGCUCACACAGGCACGAUUCCUUUUCAACGGCACUGCCGGCAACGGCGAUGAGACUACGUGGCCUCUGCCCAUCACGUACGCCACCACCGGGAAGGAGUUCGACUACACACGGCCGCGAUUUAUUGCUAGUGGGAAAACCUUCAACAUUGCCCUACCGAACGCUUCCAGUGUGCCGUACUUCAUCCUGAACAACCAGCAGGUCGGGUACUACCGGGUGAACUACGACGGUGAGCUGUGGAGGAAAAUCAGCACCGCAUUGCGCAGCGAUCGUUUCGGUGGUAUUCAUGUGGCCAAUCGGGCCCAAAUCGUGGACGACCUCUUCAACUUGGCCCGGGUCGAUGCCCUCAGCUACGGAAUGGCUCUGGACAUUCUGGAGUACCUGAAGCAGGAGACCGAGUACCUGCCGUGGUUGGCGGCGUCAAACGGGCUAAACACGCUGUCGCUGAAAGUCCUCGCGGAAGAUGAGGAGUUGUUUACGAGCCACAUCUUGGACAUUUUUGCCGAAGCGUACGAGCAUGUAAAGUUUCAAGAGCCCACCAGCUCGGAGCGUCGAGUACACACGUAUCUGCGCCGAGUGGUUCUGGAAUGGAGCUGUCGGCACGGCCACGAGACGUGCAGUAAGAUGGCGGUGGAGGAGUUUGAGAGAUUCCGGGCUAAUCCGGGCGCUGUAAAAGUGCACCCCGAUCUGCGGCAAGUUGUGUACUGUGAGGGUGUACGCAAAGGGUCCAAGGACCAGUUUGAUUUCUUGUUGGACCGCUAUCGCACAACGAAUGUUGCUACCGAACAACAGCUUACACUGUUCGGCUUGAGCUGCGCCACGCAAAAGGGGCUCGUUCAGCAAUUUAUGGACCUCACAAGUUCCGUGGAUGUGCGGAGCCAAGAUAAGGCCACCGCACUAUCACUAUUGCUGGGUAAUCCACAGGCCCUGGAGUCUGCGGCAUCUUAUCUGAUAACAAAUCAUCGCCGUUGGUCCGAGGCUCACGAUGGGUACGGUAGUGUUGGCGUAGCAUUCAAGGGAAUUCUGGGCCGACUCAAAAACCCGCUAGUGAGGGAUUCGAUUAGGGCGUUUGCGGAAGGCAACAAAGAAGUGCUGGGAUCGGCCACCUACGCCGUUAUCGUCGACGGACUGGCAGAGUACGAUGCAAAUCUACGGUUUACGGUCAAUCAUCGUGAUGACAUUCGGGGGUUCCUGAAGACAAAAGCCCACAACGGAGCCCCGCCGGCGCAGGUGGCUGCUAUCAACUUGAUGACGGUGUCUCUGGGGUUGAUACUUUUGGCUCUGCGUAGAUGGUGAAUCUGGAAGU